UAAGAAAGAAGCGAAUAAAACCUGAGCAGGAUGCAAAAGAACACAUAUUGUCGGAUAAAGACAAAGCCUUCAUUGAGGGACGACAAAUCAACACAUUCAAAGGGAGAGGUGUGUUUGCACUUGAGCACAUUGAACCAUCCACCUUUGUUGUUGAAUACCGUGGGAUUCUCUCUCAAAGUAAACAUGUUAAAGAUGUUUAAGGCAACUACUUGUUCAACUUCACAUGGAAUGAAACACGUUAUUGAUGCAACAAAAGAGGACACUUCGCUUGGUCCACUUCGGUUGGUGAAUGAUGACAAAAAUCCAAAUUGCAAAGUCAAGACAAUCAUUGUUGAUGGAAGGCCACACCUGUGUCUGUUUAGUAUAAGACAUAUCUUUCCAGAUGAAGAGGUCACAUACAACUAUGGGGAUUCCUCUUGGCCUUGGCGUUUAAGGGAAUUGUGUGACGAGACAUCAGUGGCUGUGACUGAAUGCAGUGUGAAUCCUUCCUCAUCAGUGAAACAGAAAGAAUUGUGUGACGAGACAUCAGUGGCUGUGACUGAAUGCAGUGUGAAUCCUUCCUCAUCAGUGAAACAGAAAGAAUUGUGUGACGAGACAUCAGUGGCUGUGACUGAAUGCAGUGUGAAUCCUUCCUCAUCAGUGAAACAGAAAGAAUUGUGUGACGAGACAUCAGUGGCUGUGACUGAAUGCAGUGUGAAUCCUUCCUCAUCAGUGAAACAGAAAGAAUUGUGUGACGAGACAUCAGUGGCUGUGACUGAAUGCAGUGUGAAUCCUUCCUCAUCAGUGAAACAGAAAGAAUUGUGUGACGAGACAUCAGUGGCUGUGACUGAAUGCAGUGUGAAUCCUUCCUCAUCAGUGAAACAGAAAGAAUUGUGUGACGAGACAUCAGUGGCUGUGACUGAAUGCAGUGUGAAUCCUUCCUCAUCAGUGAAACAGAAAGAAUUGUGUGACGAGACAUCAGUGGCUGUGACUGAAUGCAGUGUGAAUCCUUCCUCAUCAGUGAAACAGAAAGAAUUGUGUGACGAGACAUCAGUGGCUGUGACUGAAUGCAGUGUGAAUCCUUCCUCAUCAGUGAAACAGAAAGAAUUGUGUGACGAGACAUCAGUGGCUGUGACUGAAUGCAGUGUGAAUCCUUCCUCAUCAGUGAAACAGAAAGAAAAAGACAAAUGAAUCAGGAUGAAACUGAGAACUCCAGAGAGACCAAAUCAAGGAGAAUAGCGAAAAGGCCAUGGAGCCCAAAUGAAGAUAAUGCUUUUGUGAAACAUUUCCAUAUUUCAAAGGGACACCUAGCAACAAAGGCAGAGUGUGAGCUGUGCAAGACUGCAGAGGACCCUGUCCUGAGAGAAAGAAUGGCCCAAAAUAUAAGGCAUUUCGUGAGGAACCGAGG